AUGGUAAACGACGUAGCAAGAUCAAGAGUCGAAACCCUUGGUCGUUUAUCUGUUGGUUGCUUUGUUAAUUCGGCGGCGAUCUCCGAGGAUUCAGCUGAUCGUUUUUGCCUCCUUGGCUCAAUAUUCGAGUCUCGGGAUGAAUUAAUUCGGUGGGCACGUGAUGUUGGGAGGAGAAAUGGUUAUGUUAUUGAGAUGAUAUUCGAGUCUCGGGAUGAAUUAAUUCGGUGGGCACGUGAUGUUGGGAGGAGAAAUGGUUAUGUUAUUGCUGUGGAGAAAUCAGAUGCAGGCGAUACAAAUGAUGAUUGGACAUUGACCGUCAUAUGUGGUGUGCAUAAUCAUCCUAAUGCGGUUUGUCUAGAAGGUCAUUCUUAUGCUGGGAGGUUAUCAUUUAAGGAAACUUAUUUGUUGGUUGAUAUGUCGAAGAGUAUGCUACUAUUGGGUCAGUUAGCGGUGAACAAAUACAUAGAAUGGCAUAGGAACUGUAAAGAUACUGAGACUGUUACCGAUUUGUUCUUUGCACAUCCAGUUAGUUUGGAUUUGCUACGUGCAUUCCCACGUGUGUUACUAAUGGAUUGUACAUAUAAGACCAAUCGAUAUUGUUUGCCACUUUUGGAGAUUGCAGGAGUAACAUCCACUGAAAAGACUCUCUGUGGGUUUUGCAUACCUCCACUAUGA